AUGUCAUCUUCAUUCAAUGAUAUUCAGUUCGAUCAGCAACAAAAUCAGUUUUGUUCACUAAGCGAUAAGAAAUGUAAACCUUGUGAAGGAGGUGAUGUAUAUAAACUAUCAUUAGAUAAAUCAAAAGAAUUACUUGAGAAAAUACAUAAAAAUUGGACACUAUCAAGCGAAUCAGAACCAUUUAAAAUAAGUAGAAAAUGGAGAAUGCCAUUCCCUAAAUCAGUAGAGUUGGUAAAUUCCGUUGCACAGAUAGCAGAGGAUGAAGGUCAUCAUCCAGAUAUAUCAAUUAAAUCAUAUUGGAAUUUAGAAAUAGAAUUAUAUACACAUGCUUUGAAUGGUUUGUCAGAGAAUGACUUUAUUGUUGCAUCAAAGAUCGAUGAUAUACCACUGGCAAGCUAUGAACCACCAAAAAGAAAGAAAGCUAUAAAUACUUCUACAUCUUCAUCUUCAUCUUCAUCAUCAUCUUGA